AUGGAACAACAAGGCGGAGCUUCCAAGCGUAAGAGGAGUAGUAUCCACUCACCCAGCUCAGGUACGAGCAGUCGUUCACCGGUCAAAGAACUUGCUCCACCACCCAGUCCACGACCCGGCUACACACCACCAGGCAGACUAGGUGCGCCGCGUAUGGAGCUCUAUCAAGACGCACGACUCCACCCGCGCUUGCGCGAGGUCCUUGCCCAGCAAGGACUGGAUCGGUACCAUGUUCCAACGUCUCUCGCUACGCUGUCACCAAGCUCAACACUAGACGAGCUGCAAGCCAGCAUGACCGCUGCGGAACAGGAAUGGGAGAACCUGCAUGAAGCCUUACCCAACAGCCUUCCUUCUGACAGCCUCGAGCUGGAGGUGGAGACACGCAACGAGACAAUCACUGGCCUGGACGCCAACCUCGUCACGCUUAAGAUAUACCGACCAGUGCUGAGGGGAGGACCGCUACCAUGCAUUGUCUACGUUCACGGUGGCGGUAUCCCCGUCAUGCAAAGGGAAACAAAAGUUCAUCGACGGUGGUGCACUUCACUGGCAGCAAUGGGCAUGGUCGUUGUUAGUGUUGACCACCCAAGGUCAAGGCGUGGUUUGACAGGCUUUCAACCACAUCCCGCCGCACUGAAUGAUGUCUGCGCUGCCGUGCAUUACGUACACAGUCAUCGGGACGACCUCAACACGAUUAACAUCGUACUGCACGGCGAAGGCGGCGGAGGCAGACUGGUACUGGCUGCGGCGCUUAGGGCGAAACGGGAAGGCUGGCUGAACAAGAUUGAUGGCGUAUAUGCAUGCUCACCCUUCAUCAGCAACGCGUACAACUGGUCCGAGGCUCGCAAACUUCAGGAGCUGCCGUCGCUUGUAGAAUGCCAUGGCUAUAUGCUCAACGUCGACCACAUGGCGUACAUGGCACACCUGUACACGCCGAAUUCGGCGGACGCAACCAACCCUCUAGCAUGGCCGUAUCACGCUAGUCGCGAAGACUUGGAAGGCUUACCACCACACGUUUUGGCUUUGGAUGAGCUGGAUCCAUUAAGAUCGGAAGGCGAGGGCUACGUACGCAAGCUUGCGGCCGCUGGAGUACUGGCAGUUGGAGAGGUCAACAUAGGGUCUGUGCAUGCUGCGAGUGUAGUCUUCAGGCAAGCCGUGCCGGAGAUGCACAGAAACGCCGUCAGAUCGGUCGCUGCGUUUGCACGGCAGGCCUGA